GGAGCCGUGAGAGGCCCCGCCCCUUCUGUACGGAGUGUGUUCCUCCUCAGUGCUCCGUCCCGGGCUGGCAGUGUGGAUUCAGAGCUCCGGCUGUAUAUUCAGGUGUUGAGGCGCCAUCUCUAAAGUCAUGAGUUAUCCUGGUUAUCCUUCAAUGGGCGGGUUUCCCCCUAUACCUACAGGAAACAACCCCUGGGGAGUGCCCGGUAACCCUGCUCCUAUUGGGCUGGAUGUGUCAGGCUUCUCUCAGCAGUACAACCCUCAGCAGUAUAUGGCAGGUCCACCAGCUGGAUUUGGAGGCAUGAACCCACCACAAGCAGGCUAUCCUUCUGCACCUGGCGGCGGCUACCCCGCUGCACCUGGCGGCGGCUACCCCUCUGCACCUGGCGGCGGCUACCCUUCUGCACCUGGCGGCGGCUACCCUUCUGCACCUGGCGGCGGCUACCCUUCUGCACCUGGCGGCGGCUACCCUUCUGCACCUGGCGGUGGCUACCCUUCUGCACCUGGUGGUUACCCCUCUGCACCUGGCGGCGGCUACCCCUCUGCACCUGGCAGCGGCUACCCCUCUGCACCUGGCGGCAGUUACCCCCCCGCAACUGAUGGUGGCUAUGGGGCACCACAGCAGCCUCAAGCACCAGGCUUUGGCAUGUAUCCUGCUCCAGGGGGUGGACCACAGCCUGGGAUGCCCGGAUUUGAUACAGAAUACCCAGGACAGCCAUCACAAGCCCCAGGUCAGCCACCAGCAACAUACCCUGGUCAGCAACCAACUCCAAGUUAUCCACAGGCUCCAGCAGUUAAUCCCUCUGUACCACAAUACCCAUCUCUGCCAUCAGUGAGCCCUAUUCCCCCACUUAAGGCUGGAAAGGGUACCAUUACCGAUGCACCAAACUUUGAUGCCCUCAGAGAUGCAGAGGUGCUCAGGAAGGCCAUGAAAGGAUUUGGAACCGAUGAGAAGGCCAUCAUUGAAUGUCUGGGAAGCCGGUCAAGCAAACAGAGGCAACAGAUCAGCUUGUCCUUCAAAACUGCCUAUGGAAAGGAUUUGAUAAAGGACUUGAAGUCUGAGCUCUCUGGAAACUUUGAAAAGACAAUCCUGGCUAUGAUGAAAGCACCAGCUUUAUAUGAUGCAUAUGAGCUUUAUGAAGCAAUAAAAGGUGCUGGUACAGACGAGGAAUGUCUAAUUGAAAUUCUUGCAUCUCGGUCAAAUGAGCAGAUACAUGAAAUCAACCGUGUAUACAAAACAGAGUUUAAGAAGACCCUGGAGCAAGCAUUGAAGAGUGAUACUUCUGGCCACUUUGAGCGGCUACUUGUUUCACUGUGUCAGGGCAACAGAGAUGAGAGCUCUAAUGUAGACAUGUCCCUGGUCCAACGCGAUGUACAGGAGCUGUAUGCUGCAGGAGAAAAACGCAUGGGGACCGAUGAGUCCAAAUUUAAUGCCAUUCUUUGUACACGCAGCAGAGCACAUCUGAAUGCAGUGUGUUAUGAAUAUCAGAGAACGUACAACCGAGAGCUGGAGAAGAGCAUCUGCCGGGAAAUGUCUGGGGAUCUGGAGAGGGGAAUGGUUGCAGUAGUAAAAUGCCUUAAAAACUUGCCAGCAUUCUUUGCAGAACGACUCAACAAAGCAAUGAAGGGUGCUGGGACAAAAGAUAAAACCCUGAUUCGUAUCAUGGUAUCCCGUAGCGAAGUAGAUUUGCUGGAUAUCCGCCAGGAGUACAAGAGGAUGUAUGGAAAGUCACUGUACACAGAUAUCACGGGCGACACAUCUGGAGAUUACAGGAAAAUCCUACUGAAGCUUUGCAAUGGCACUGACUAAAUACAAAUCCUUCCUGAAUGUUUUCUUGGCUUUAUUUCCCCUUCACGUUUUCUUCUGAAGCAUGGACAUGCCUUGAGUUGGGUACCCUAUAAUAUAUGAAAAACAUUUUGACAUCUAUUGAACCAUGACCUUGUCCUCCACAGUUGUGUUACUUUGGUAAAUCAGUGCCAGAAGCAGUGAUGAUUUACAAUGUGCUGUAAUCCAGAACAGGCAGUUAGCUUUCAGGUUACUGCAGUCAGGUAAAGAGAUGGCUUAAAAUUAAUUGCAGUAGAUUACUGAUCUUUUGCCCUAGCUCAUUGAAUAAAAACAAAUACCUCUUA